AGCAAACAAGCGGCCACUGUCGGGACAAACUGUAAUGUCCACUUUAAAGAUAAUAUUUCUUUGUGUUAAUACAUCUAAAAACAAAAUCAGUUAUUUUGAUAUUAGCAUUAUAUAAGCAGGUGGAGGUGUGUAGCGCGUUUUGCCCCGCCCACUCCGGAAAAGUAGUCGACAUUAUUUUGAUUUUUAAGGUGACGUGGAGUAGGCUGUUUCACGGCACUCAGCACGGCAUCAUGUCGUUUUGAACAGCACAAUCAAUUUAGGGGUCGAAUGUAGCCCUCGCACUAUUGUUAAUUUGAACGUACGUAAGAAGAUGUUAUGGAAUAUUUUUAUUUGAGUUGGACAGUUUCUCAGAAACACGGAUAAGAGAAAGUGACUGUUCCCAGGCCUGGAAUCCGAAAAAUCCUCCAAGCAGCACCGACAGGAGUCGAGAUGACGCCAAGGUUGGGUUUAUCCAGCCAUCAGUACUCCAAUGGAGUGAGGAGGUACUGCGUCUUGGCUGUUUGCCUUCUAUCUCAAAUUGGAUGUACGGCAAGCUACAACCAAGGAGAUGCAGUCACCCUUUACGUCAACAAAGUUGGUCCUUACCACAAUCCCCAGGAGACGUAUCACUUCUACACCUUACCUGUCUGUAGGCCAGAACAGGUGCGCCAUAAAGCCUUAAGCCUUGGAGAGGUGUUAGAUGGAGAUAGGAUGGCAGAGUCGCUAUACAAAAUCCGCUUCAGGGAGAACACAGACAGACAAACACUGUGCCAAAUAACCCUCAAUGAGAAAGAGGUGGAGCAGCUGAGAGAGGCUGUGGAGGAGCUGUAUUAUUUUGAGUUUGUCCUCGAUGACAUUCCCAUCUGGGGCUUUGUGGGCUACAUGGAGGAGAGUGGCUUCCUUCCUCACAGCCAUAAGGUGGGUCUGUGGACUCAUCUGGACUUCAACAUUGAGUACAAUGGCGACUCAGUGAUUUUCGCCAAUGUGUCGGUGAAGGACGUCAAGCCUGUGCCCCUGGACGAGAGCGGCGGGCUGAGCCCAGGGGGGAUGGGGAGCUCGGCUGGCAGCCUGACGGUGACGCACACAUACAGCGUGCAUUGGUUUGAGAGCCCACUGCCGUACGUGCGGCGGGCAGAGCGCCUGCGCGACUACUCCUUCUUCCCCAAGACGCUGGAGAUCCACUGGCUGUCCAUCAUCAACUCGCUGGUGCUGGUGGUACUUCUGCUGGGCUUCGUCAUCAUCAUCCUCAUGCGCGUGCUCAAGAACGACUUUGCCAGGUAUAACGUGGAGGAAGAUGGUGGUUGCGAUGAUCUGGACCAAGGGGACAACGGAUGGAAAAUUAUCCACACAGACGUCUUCCGCUUUCCUCCUUACAAAAGUCUGUUGUGUGCCGUGCUGGGUGUCGGAGCACAGUUUCUUACUCUUGCAACAGGAAUCAUCAUCAUGGCGUUGCUGGGCAUGUUUAACAUCCAUCGCCAUGGCGCCAUUAACUCUGCUGCUAUUGUGCUGUACGCUCUGACAAGCUGCGUGUCGGGCUACUGCUCCUGCAGCUUCUACACGCAGAUCCAUGGCCAGCGCUGGGUCUGGAACAUCAUCCUCACCUCCAGUCUCUUCUCAGCUCCUCUCUUCAUCACGUGGAGCGUGGUGAACUCGGUCCACUGGUGGAGCGGCUCCACCCAGGCCCUGCCCGCCUCCACCGUGCUGCUGUUGCUAGGCGCCUGGAUGCUCGUGGGCUUCCCCCUCACCGUCAUCGGUGGCAUCGUGGGCAAGAACCGGGCGGGCAGCUUCCAGGCGCCGUGCCGCACGCGCAACAUCCCCCGGCAGAUCCCCCAGCAGCCCUGGUACAAGCACACUGCCGUGCACAUGGCCAUCGGAGGCUUCCUCCCUUUCAGUGCCAUCUCGGUGGAGCUGUACUACAUCUUUGCCACAGUGUGGGGCCGUGAGCACUACACACUGUACGGCAUCCUGCUCUGCGUCUUCGCCAUCCUGCUCUCGGUAGGCGCCUGCAUCUCGGUGGCGCUCACCUAUUUCCUGCUGUCGGGCGAGGACUACCGCUGGUGGUGGCGCAGCGUGCUCAGCACGGGCUCCACGGGCAUCUUCAUCUUCGUCUACUCCGUCUUCUAUUACCGCAACCGCUCGAGCAUGAGCGGCGCCGUGCAGAGCGUGGAGUUCUUCGGCUACUCGCUGCUGACUGCGCUCGUCUUCUCGCUCAUGCUUGGCACAGUCUCCUUCUGGGCCUCGCUGACCUUCAUACGCUAUAUCUACCGGAGCCUUAAGAUGGACUGAGGAUUUAGGGUUUGCGCCUACGGGCAAUUCUAGGGCAUGGCUAAACACACACACACACACACACACACACACACACACACACACACACACACACACACACACACACACACACACACACACACACACAGUCAACGUACACACACGCCUCUUAAAUAUUCAAAUGAUCCAAGUCCCACCUUCCCCAAGGUCCCCCAUGUUAAGCAGGUUGGCAUAGGAAAGUAUUGAGUGUGGACGCUUACAGGAGUAUUCUGUGCGGGCAGGCUUCGCCAAACUCCAGUUGAUUGUUGAGUUAUGCCUGAGCUGUUUUUUUGUUUUUUCCUUGUUGAGUUUUUAAGACUUUGGUAGAUGCUGUCACAGCAGGCGUCCAUGAGUUACUCUCUCUAAGGAUUUUUUGUUGAAAGAAGGGAAGGGGGAAAAAAAUAACUGGUUGGGGGAAUACUGCAGAACUGACUUACAUAUAGAGCCCAAUAAAAAGCUCAAGUCAUUUGUAGUUCAGUAACUUUAGAAAAAUGAAGAAAAAAAUUAAUAAAACCACAGGUGUCUUUGAUGGCUGCCAUGGAGCAAGCGGUACUCCAGGAGAGCAGAGAAAAACGUGAAGCUGAGGCCUUCAUUCUUACAAAGGUGAACCAUGCAACUGGACCAAUCAGAGUUCAAAAGGGAGGAAGACGGUUUGGUAGGUGUAUGGAGUGAAGGCUGUGGUGCUCUGUCAGGGGAAUGCAGCCUCGGUGCAAAAGAGUGUAUGAAAGUGCAAUAUCCAUAUGUGUGGAUGGGUGUGGUUGUGUUUGAAGUAGACAUGUUGAGCGCACACACACACACGUGUCAGAUGUGUCGGGUUAAGGGAGCAAUAUCAUGUACUAUAGUCACCAUCAACUGUGAUAAAUUAAGUUGUAAAUAUACAAUGUUUUCAAUAAAAAUCACAUCUUUUUAUUACAAAUCACCAAAGCAA